GUUUGUUCAAAAUGGUCAAAUUUGAUUGAUAUAAGAUUGAAAAAAGUUAAAUAUCUUCUCAACAACAGAACAGUUCCAAAUUUUGAUUAUUCAAAAUUAUGGGUGGAUUCAGAAACUAUUCAAUUGGAUAAUUUACGGGAAUUGUUACCAAAUCUCAGGAUUCUUAAUAUUUUCUCUUGUUAUGACGAGGGAUCGAGGACAGUAAAUUAUGGAAAAUUGGUUAACAAUAAUCCGAAAAUAAAAGGACUGGUUGGAUUAGAUACUUUUCAUUCACUUGAUUUGGAAAAUAUCGAAAUGAUCUCAAUAGAUAAUGAAAUGGUGGAGUAUAAAAAACUCUUUUGUCCUGAUCAGUUGAAACAAAUUUACUUUGAAUGCGCUUUGCAUUUGAAUGAUCUGAAUGAACUCGUUGAAUACUUUCCGAAUUUAAAGAGAAUCAACAUCAAGUUUUAUGGUGGACCAGUUCGUUAUGAUGGUCCAAAUUUAUCCAAUCUAAAGAUCUUCGAGUUUUCUGUAGACGAAUGGUAUGAUGACCAUAACGCAUUUCAUGUGAUGGACUUUUGUCCAUCUCUGGAAAGUGCUUACAUUAACGGCGAAUCAGAUGAUGAAUUUGCCAACAUGGCACAAAAAAACUACAGCCUGAGGAAUUUAGUAAUUGAAACAGUUUCUAUUAGAUUGAGCAACUUGGCAUGGCCAUUUUUAAGAAAACUAUUGCCCAAAUAUCCAAAUUUACAUAAUCUUGCAAUUAGAGGAGAAGACGCUAUUAGGGAUAUCCAUGUGAAAGAAUUGGUUAAGUUACUACCAAAGGUAGAACUAUUUGACUUCAGGAGAUGUGAUAAUAUCACUCGAAGAUCAGCCGAUUUCUUGUCUGAAUAUUGUCGCGAAUCUAAUCGAUCAAUCAAAAUCUAUUAUGAUUGUGAAGAGGAACCAAUUGACUGGCCCAAAUUAGACACUCCUCGAGAAUCAAUUGUUUAUGGAUUCGAUUUCAUGAAACAUUGUUUUUAUAAGCGUUUUUCUUGUCUUCCGCACCUAAUUGAUGAAUAAACUAAAGCUUCCAAUUCAUUUGCAUUAAUAAUGGUCUGAUUGGAUAUUAUAUCAAUUUACCAUUCGAAUGGCCUAAAUUGGGAGCUUCUUGCGAAUAAAUUGUCUACAAACUCGAUUUCAUAAAACACUAUUUUUAUAAAUC